AUGCAAGCAAGGAUCCAAGUUUUUGACGUGAAUUCUGCUGAUCUUUCUUCUUAUGUGCCUGGCUAUCCUAAUACGCUUUCGGAUCAAAAGGGUGCCAUCGAUCUUACUGUCAAAUUCACAGUGUCCCAUAAUGUUGGACCGCCAACUCUGGCAAGAGCUGUAUUGACAAGAUUACUAUUCAAGAGUGGCUGUAGGCAAUUCAGCCGUCGGCGUGUUGCACCGAUUCCUCGUGCUGAAUAUGAAGAGCAAGCUUGCGAGUAUUGGUAUCAAGCAGUGGUCACACCCAUGCCAGAUGAAAGGCAAGAUCAAAUGAUGGUACGACUUAUCCAAAAGCUUUGCUACUUCCUUGGUGGAGGUUUUCAUGACCAAAUUCUUGCCGAACUUCCUGGAAUCAAAAUGAUUUUUGCGGAAGUAAGGUGA